UAUGAUUCUGGAAAAGAUGUCCUCUCGCUGACGUCGCCGUCAGCAUUCACGGCAAUUACGGGAGAGUUGCUGCUGUUCGUUCAAGAAGCGUUGAUACUACACUUGGUUUCAGACUAGGGUUCAGCUCGUGCUUUUAUUUGCAGGAAAACAUUUGAGUCGCUCUUCGUUUCCCGCGUUGUACUUACUGACGGCUCUGCAUUGUAUGGAACGGCUGCCGGAUCCAUAUUCUUACGGUGCAGCAAGAUUUAUCUCGGUUGAGAUGGUUAUUGCCAAGGUUAAUGCCGAAAGGGCCAUGCCGGACGGCGUGGAGGGAGCAGCGAGAACUAGGUCGGUCGAAGUGGUGAAGUCAGCGCAGAGCCUUUCGGAGUUGCCCCUGCCAGGCGAGAAACGUCAAGCGCCGGCCGAUGCUGCUAUACCGCCAUCUGACGAUGCACAGGGACCGUCCGAUGCUGCUCAGAGCAAGUCUGAGGGGUCUGAGGAGUUUGCGAAUGCAUUUCGAGCGACAUUUCAGGAGAUAAGCAACGCGUCUGAAGCGAAGGCGGACUCAGUUCCAGCGGAAGAGCAUCUUGAUGUGACCGGAGAUCACCCUGACAGAACCACGCAGCCGCCUGAACCUGAAGCACCUGAGAAGCCAACUGCGGAGCGUGAUGCACCCGAGAAGCCAACUGAGGAGCGUGAAGCACCCGAGAAGUCGACUCAGGAGCCUGAAGCAUCUAAGCAUACAGAAUCUCCUGAUAUAGCUGACACGCCGAUUCAGCGUCCUGACGGAUCUGACGAGCAUUCUCAGCAGCCUGAAGCAUCUGAGAAGCUGACUCAGGAGCGCGAAGCAUCGAAGCCUAUUCAAUCCCCUGAUGUAGCUGACACGCCGAUUCAGCGUCCUGAUGGAUCUGAUGAGCCUUCUCAGCAGCCUGAGAUGGUUGGACUUCACCCUGAAGCCCCAGUCACGGCCACUCAGCAGGGCGAUGCAGCGGGUAGGCCCACCGUGGAGCCUAAAGCACGUGAGAAGCGGGCUCAGCAGCCUGAUAUGGUCGAGGCUGAUUCUGAAGCCCCAGUCACGGCCACUCAGGAAGGUGCUGCAGCUAGUAGGUCCACAGUGCAGCCCGAUGCUGCUGAGAAGCUGAUCCAGCAGCCUGACUUGGUUGGAGACCCUGAUGCAGCUAUGAAGGAACCUGAAGCACCUGAGAAGCCGGGUCAGGAGACUGAAGCACCUGAGAAGCCGAAUCCGGGGCCUGAAGUACCUGAGAAGCCGAAUCACGGACCAGAAGCACCUGAGAAGCCGAAUCACGGACCAGAAGCACCUGAGAAGCCGAAUCACGGACCAGAAGCACCUGAGAAGCCGAAUCAGGGGCCUGAAGCAUCUGAGAAGCAAGCGCAGCAUGUUGAUGCAGUCGACAGACCUGAUAGAAAGCCUGAGGCGGCGGAACAGGAUGCUCCGAUUCCCCGAGCAGCUCAUGCGCCCACGCAGCAGAAUGACAAGCCUACUCAACUCCCUGACGCACCAGACGCACCAGACGCACCAGACGCACCAGACGCUCCGAAUGCGCCUAUGCAGGAGAGUGACGCGGCGAUGCAGCAAACGGAUGCGCUUAUGCAGCAGCCAACUGAGCAGCAAGAUAAGCCCGCUCAGGAGCCUGAACUAGCUGAUCGCCACACUCUGCAGUCUGACGCAGCUGACAAGCCUCCGCCUGAUGCCACGCCAUCAAGACCAAGGCGAACCACGGCUGGCCGUCGCGCUCCUGCCACACCGCUGGUUACCACAGUGCCGGUUACAGCAGCACCGGUAGCCACAGCCCCGGUUACAGCCACGCCUGUUCCAACUCCAGUAAGCACGCGGCGAAGGAGCGCGAGGAGGAGAACAGAGGCCGAGACGGGGCUGGCUGCACCUGCAUCGACUGGAGCAGCAGGGGAUGCGGAGGGGCUGCUGCCAGCAGCGCUUUUCACGCCUGGCGGACGCAGGAUGACGAGGUCUAUGGCGCGGGCGCUGGGGUUGGCCAUGGAGGGGGGGAGUGAGAGUGGAAGCAUGACUCCGAGUGUGAGUGCGAGUGCAAGUGCGAGUGUGAGUGUGAGUGUGUCUGGGAUGAGGAGGGGCGGGGCGAGGAGAGGGAGGGGGGGUAGGAGGGGCGGAGGGAAGGGGGACGGGGGGAGCGAGAGUGGGAUGAGCGUGGGGGAAGGGGAAGGGGAAGGGGAAGUGGAGGUGGAGAGUAAGGCGAAAGGGACGGGAGGAGGAGCGGGGGAAGGGGCGGUAGGGGGUGAUGAGGAGGAGGAUGGGGAAGGAAAGAAUCUGGUGCUGGAGAGGAUUGCUGAGUGGGAGGAGAGGAUUAUGGAGGUGGAGGAGGAGGAGCAAGAGGAGGAGGAGGUGCGUAGGGAGAAGGAGAAGGCCGGGGAGGAGGCUAAGGAAAAGGCUAAGGAGGUGGCUAAGGGCAAAAGCGCUAUGGUGGGAAGGCGGAGAGGUGGCAGGGGUAAGCAGGGGGAGAUUAGCAAGGAGGAAGGGAGUGUGGCGGGGGGUGGAGGAGGGGAGGAGGAGGGUGGUGAGGGUGAAGGGGAGACGAGUAAGCGCAAGGAGAGUGAGGAGGGGAGGAACGAGGGAGUUGGGGAGGAGAGGAAGGAGGGCAUGGGAGGAGAGAGUGCAGAGGGAAGGCGCGAGGAUAGGCAGGAGAACGUGUAUGUGCGGAGAAGAAAGAGGGUAGGAGGCGUGGGGGAGGGACUGGCGACGCCUUCGGGAAGCAAUGCUGAUGCUGCCCUGUGCAAGGAAACAAAUAGUGCUGCUUCUCUUCCAGCUGCUGAUGCUGUUGCAAGUAGGGUUACGGUUACUGUGGCUGAUGUGGGGUUACCGCCAGAGCCGUCUGCUGAACCUGCAGUGUCUGCAAAUUCGGAUGCUGAAAGGGGAAAGGAAGGGACGCAGGUGAAGGCGGGUGGGGUUGAGAGCGGUGAGAGGGAGUGGUGCAUGGCAGCGUGUGGUGACGCGAAGGGUGCUGGUGAAGGCGCUGUUGGGGGAGGCGAUGGUGGUGAUGGAAUUGAUGCUGCUGCUGGUGAUGCCGCUGCUGGUGCUGCUGGUGCUGCUGGUGCUGCUGGUGCUGCUGGUGCUGCUGGUGAUGCUGGUGCUGCUGGUGCUGCUGGUGCUGCUGGUGCUGCUGGUGCUGCUGGUGCUGCUGGUGCUGCUGGUGCUGCUGGUGCUGCUGGUGCUGCUGGUGCUGCUGGUGCUGCUGGUGCUGCUGGUGCUGCUGGUGCUGCUGCUGGUGCUGCUGCUGCUGCUGCUGCUGCUGCUUCUACCGGUGCUGGUGCUGCUGCCGAGGGUGCACAUGGCAGUGUGGCAGUGGAGUGUGACGAGCAGCUGGAGGAGGGGAGGAGGGCGGAAUCGAGAGGUGCUGCUGCUGGUGGUGCUACUGGCAUUGCUGCUGCCGAGGGUGCUCACCGCAGCAUGGCAGUGGAGUGUGACGAGCAGCUUGAGGAGGGGAGAGGGGAGGAGGUGGUUACUGGGGAAGGCGAAAGGGAUGCACAGCAGCAGGAGGGCCGUGUUGGGCUUCAAGGGGAGAUGGAUCAAGAGCGGAGGGAGAAGGAGGCGAAAGAAGAUAAGACAAGGGAGGAAGUGGAGAGGGAGAGGAGGGAGAAGGAAGAGGCUAUAAGGGAGGAGUUGGAGCGGGAGAGGAGGGAGAAGGAAGAGGCCAUAAAGGAGGAGUUGGAGCGGGAGAGGAGGGAGAAGGAGGCCGUGGUGCGAGAGCUGCAGAGGAUGAGAGGCGAGAUGAAGCGGCAGAUGGAGCUGAUGCAGCUGCAAGUGGUGCGAGCGAGAAGGUACUCGAGCUACAAGAACUCUGUGCGCGCUGCUAUUGCCACUGCUGCUCACCUGCGGCAUACAGCCCGGUCCAAGGUUGCCCGAGCCAAAGCACUAGCGGAGGCUCGAAGCAGGGUCCGGGCAGGUGAAACUUCACUCGUGGGGGAAGCUGGUGGUUCGGGCAGGAAGAGGAGAUCACCCGGUCAGCAGAGGAAAGGCAUGGAGUCGUCACACGAGCAGGGAAGGGCUGAGGAAGGGAGUCAAGGCUGGAAUAUUGUGAUGGAGGGAGAGGAAGAAGUGAGGGGCAAAAGGGCGGACGCUGAUAAGGGAAAAAGGAGUGCUGGGGAAGGGGAAGGAGGAAGAGGAAAAGCAGGAGGGAAGGGGAAAAGGAGGAGGGAAGGGGAAAAGCAGGAGGAAGAAUCUGCUGACGAGGAAGGGUGGGAGGAGGAUGAGGAGGAGGAGCAGGAGGAGCAGGAAGAGGGGGAGGAGGGGGAAGGCGAUGAGAAGUGCGAGGAGGAACGAGAGGAGGGAGAGGAGGGCGAGGAGGAAAGUCCUGUGACGCGCAGUGUGCAGCGAGAAGCCUCGUUUAAAUCCUGGGUGAAAUCAGACAGGUCUGUGGGAGAUGGUAGAGCCGGCAGCCCAAAAUCGCUUGGAUCGUCCGGGGGUACUCAUAGUGGGGGAGGAUCAAAGAGGAGGAUGCAGCUGAGUGGGGGUAAAGCAGGGGGAGGUGAAGCGGAGGAGGGGGAGGUGGAUCUGGGGCAGGUGAAUCUGGCUGCUGCUCUAGACAGGGCGUGGGAGGAGGAGGAGGCAGGUGAGGAGACAGGUGAGGAGACAGGUGAGGGGACAGGUGAGGGGACAAGGAAGGAUAGAGGGCAAGAUGGAGCUGGGAAGGAAUUUACAGAGGGGGGUGAGUGGGAAGGGAAGCAAGGAGGUGGGGAAGGGAGAGAGCACGGGGAUGGAGGAGAGGAGAGUGACACAGGAAGCAGUUCAGAAGGGGGAGGUGAGAGUGCGGAGAGUACUGGAGGAUCGUCGGAGUCACCUGGGUCGGAUGGCGGUGAGGGGUUUAGUUUUGACGAUGUGGUGGCACAGGCAGGCAUUGUGGUGACACAGCCAGGCAUGGCGCAUGCAGGCGUUGUGGCAGAUGGUGGGGAUAGGGAUGUGCAGAUGCAUGCUGGAAUUACUCGUGCUGUCAAAGAUGUUGAUGCCGAUGAAGCUGGUGCUGAUCAUGCUGCGGGUGGUGCGGGUGCUGCUGCUGGUCAGGCGGUUGGGAAGAGAAGGGUGGGUGGGAAUGGCCGCGAUGGGUUGAAGGUCGCAGAUGAGGCAGCGGCUAAGGGGGAUUUUGGGUGUGGGGUGGGAGAAGGAGCGGAAGGGAGGGGUGAGGAGGUGGGGGAGGGAGAGGAAAGAGAGGAGGGGGAGGUGGAUGAGGAGAGUGAGGAGGGAGGGGAGGAGGAGGAGAAGUCUAGUGGGGAGAAGGCAGGAUUGACCAGUGCUCCGACGCAUGCUUCAGCUGGAAGGGAUGGUGCGAACGAGGAAGGUGUGAUGAAUGGAGGAAGGGGUGGGACUCAGGAGGAGAGCCAAGCAGGCGCAGGAUCAGGUAAAAAACCAAGUGCUUUGAAAAAGAGAAUGGGGGUUCUUAAAGGUAGUGAGGGGGGCAGAGCAGGAGGUAUCACUAAGGUGGUCAGGGAGGGAGGGGGGACAGAGGCAGUGGAAGGGGAAAAGGCUGGAGGGAGGAAGAGAAAGGCAGGGACACAGGGAGAUGCUGACGUGUUGGACACGUCGCAUGGUAAACAUGGCCGUCGACUCGAGGAUCGUGCUCAUGUGCAUGGCCAUCCCGAUGGGCAGGACGAUGGGCAUGGGCAUGGGCACGGGCAUGAGCAUGGCCAUGGGCAUGGGCAUGGGCACGGGCAUGGGCAUGGUGUUGUUAGACUCGGGUGGAGGAAGGUUGGUCGAAAGUGGAUGUUGUACCGCAUGCAGGGAUGCUGCUGAUGAUGGAUGUACGUACCUGGGCCAAUAACGGUCAAUUGCAGCAGGUCGAGUUUAGAAGAACCUAUACCUUAAGUUGUGACUAAAUGGUUUUAGGAUUGGCAAUUAAUAGGAUCGUUUAGUCAUGGAGACAUUGGAACGUGAUUGCGGAAGAUCAUGGUAUCUUCGUUGAUUAGGAAAUUGCGUUUGUCAAUACCAUUUUAGCAUAGCCCGAAUG